CAGAUUAAAACGCUUUACAGCGAGUGGCGCAUUGUUCUUCUCUGCCCAAAAUGUUACCAUCGUGUUGACUUAUCUCAAAUCUGCUCUUAUUGUUUCAAAGAUGCGUCCGAAGAUUGCUUUUAAUGUGCAAAAUGUAAGCGUUCCCUUCACAAAACUUGCUUUCUGGAUUUCAAAUCUGUUCCACCGUGGUCAUACUCUGUUUAUGGUUCGGAAUUUACUGUUUGCCUUGAUUGUUGGGUCCCCGAAAAGAUUGCUUGCAAUAGGGGGAUUUUUUGGCGCGAAAGAAAUGCUAAGAAUCCUAGAGUUUCGGAAGUUAGGAGUGGUGAGGCAGCUAAGUUGUUAGAAGAUGUGGUCAAAGAUGCUAAUUGUGCGGUUGAAGAGACGGUUGAGGAUGCGGUUAAGGCAAGUGGAAUGGCUGUUAGCAAAGCUGUUGUGGCCAACAAGGCGGUGGAAUUGGAAAACAGUAAAUUGGAAGAGUGUGAUGAUGCUGAAUUAGCAUUCCGAUUCCAUAGGGCAAUGAAUAGUUCACCUAGGAUAUCGAAAAAUAGAAAUUUGUCUAGUGAUAAUAGCUUAUAUACUUUAACUGCUGGUAGUAGUAGGGCUUUGAGUUGUUUGAAACAAACAAAAAUGGUUUAUGCUCGGCAUAGAAAGAAACCAGCUGAGAUAGAAUUAAGGGAUAUAGUUUACGCUCGCCAUAGAAAGAAACCAGCGCAAAUAGUUGAUGCACGACAUAGAAAGGUAGCAUGUGAGAAACUUAAUGCACAACAUAGAAAUAAACAAAAUGAGAUGGUUUAUGUUCGGCGUGGAAAGAAACCUUAUAAGUUUGUUUCUAAGCGGCGUAGAAACCACAAUGAUAACAAGGAAAAGUCUGGUGUUGAAAUGGGAUUGAAGGAGAGAGGAUAUAUGCUCUAGUUUGUUGUCAAAAUGUGUGGCUGAUGCUAACACGAACUUUGAGUCUAAGCCUUAUAAUUACCAAGAUGACUCUAUUGUCUUUGAUAAUAUGCAGUACUAUGGGAAGCUUGUGUAAUAUUUUUUAACAUACAAUAGGAAGAAAUCAAAUUGGAAGGGAACUACAGUUGGCAAAAUUAAGUUCCUUUAUGAUGGAUAUAACCUUGAAAGUCAGGUUUCAUAUUCUCAAUUGCCUGAAUCUUUAAUGAUCUCAACUGGUUCUCUUCAAUGUUAUGCUUUUCCUCAUCUAGCUGCAGCUGCGAGUGACUCAUGUCAAGAUCUCCCCUAGACUGACAAGGUAAUAAAAUGUUUUGCCUUGCUGUUAUUUUAUUAAUUAUUUUGUUUUCUUUAUUUUCGAUUAUCGCAUAUUCUCAAUCGCAAUGGACAUUUACAUAGGGGCCUUCCCUUUCUUCUGAUUAUACUAUCAUUAUGCAUCACAACGUUAUUUGCUGGUGUUGUGUUGUGGAUUAUUUGUCCGAGUCUCUGGGAUGCUUCAGUGUUCAUAGCACAUCUUGGCGCCCUUGAUGAUAGUUAGUUAUCAUUAUUUGUGCCAGUGGAGGAAAAGUGCUAUUUCAAGUGGGUCUGUUAGCUUUGGAGUCUUUUGGCUGCUAUUUAAAAUGUCUUCCAAUCAUGGGAUGGGAGUAUCCACAUAUUGGACGGGCAUGGACUUUGAGAUCUCCAUGGGGUGGAUAACGAUCAUAAUCAGACUCUUUAAUUUCCAUGACAUAUCAGUUGUAGAUGCAUUAAUGGAUCGUAUUUCUCGACCAAGUUCUUCAAGCGAGGAUGGGGCAGUGAGCCAAAAAUUUGGUGCAAGUGACCGAUCAAUGCUAGAUAGUAAGGUCCAUGAGGCAAUUUAUGUUUUUAGAAAGUCUGAUGUAUUCUUUCGUAACCAUGAAAACUAGUAUGAAAGCGAAAAAGUAAGGGAAGAGGACAUGUUGGUGACUAUGUCGAUAGUCUGAGCACUAUUCAACAAUGAAGAAGAUGAAUAAUAUUGAUGGAAUUGAAGAAAUGGAGGAGGGUAAUGUGACAAAGAAGAUGAAUAACGUUGAAAUAAUCUUGACAUGUCUAUCUUUUUAAUAAUAGUUAACUGUAGUGAGCAUAAUGAAAGUGAUUUAUUAGUUCAACGAUUACAUUAAGUUCUAGCAGCCUAAGACUCCGAAGA